CCAGCCAAAUGCUUUAUAAAUAGUCUGUUUGAGGCCCGACCGGGGCGUGUCUUGCAACGGUGAACCAUUCUAGACAAGACCUGUUCUUCGUUUCUGGUUCCCCACUUUCUUACGUUUUCGAUUUCUUACGAUUACCGAUGAACGCCGAUGACACUCAGGGAUCGGACACACAAGGAGGAAUGUCCCGCAACACUGGCCCUGGUUUGUACGAGUUCCUGAUGGAAGCAGAGCUCCAGCAAUACUAUCCUGGCAUUCGAGGGGAUUUGAAGGUGCAUACGACGGCACAGUUGAAGUAUGUAACAGAGGAAGACCUAAAUGCGAUAGGAAUGAGCAAACCAGAAAUGCGUCGUCUGAAAAAGUACUUCCAGAAACACUUCCCGCAGAAUUACCUCUCUAAAUUUAAAAAGAUGCUUCUACCUAAGCGCGAGGAGCAAACUUCAGGGUCGUUGACCAUGCUGCCCGAAGAAAGGCAGGACAGACCGCCGAUACGAGUUCCGAACAAGCACAUGAUCCCCGCGGACGCGAUAAUAGUGAACAAAGAGUUGGGAACGGGGGAGUUCGGAGUGGUACAGCAAGGCGUUUGGACGAACGAUGGCGAAAGGAUCCAAGUGGCGAUCAAAUGUCUGUCCAGAGAGAGGAUGCAGAAUAAUCCGAUCGAGUUCCUCAAAGAAGCAGCGAUAAUGCACGCGAUAGACCACGAGCACAUCGUUAGACUCUAUGGUGUAGUGUUGGAUACCAAUUCGUUGAUGCUGGUCACCGAACUGGCUCCCCUACGCUCGCUGCUGGAGUGUUUGAAAGAGCCCAGUCUGCGUCCCAGCUUCCCUGUCUUGUCGCUCUGUGACUUCGCGGUGCAGAUCGCAGAUGGGAUGCAGUACCUCGAGGCGAAAAGACUGAUCCAUCGAGACCUGGCUGCGAGGAAUAUCUUGGUCUUCUCGAAGAACAAGGUGAAGAUAUCCGACUUUGGAUUGUCUCGUGCUCUAGGCGUCGGUAAAGACUAUUACCAGACGAACUUCAAUGUCAACUUGAAGCUACCGAUUGCUUGGUGCGCGCCGGAGUGCAUUUCCUAUUUGAAAUUCACUUCAGCGAGCGACGUGUGGGCCUAUGGCGUGACUCUGUGGGAGAUGUUCAGCUACGGAUUCCAGCCAUGGGCUGCGCUGACAGGCCACCAGAUACUCGAGGCGAUAGACGAGCCAAAUUUUCAGAGAUUGGAGCAGCCGGAGUGCUGUCCCAAGGAUUACUUCGUCCUCAUGCAGCAGUGCUGGCAACACGAGCCCGCGAAACGACCCAAGUUCUCUGAAUUGAUCAACCUGCUGCCCGAUUUGAAGCCUGAGCAGGUUCAAGCGGUUCAGGAUAGCGCGGAGAGCCAGCUAGUUUACAGACAGGGAGAUGUCAUAACUGUUUUGGACAAAGGGAGCAGCAACACCCUGUGGAAAGGGGUCUUGAACAACGGGAAGACUGGAUUCUUCAAUCCUGCGCACACUAUUGCUUAUUUGGGCUCGAAUUUGCCCAGCAACAAGCCUGGAGAGUUCACGCGUGGCGAUGGGAAGAACGCCUUCUCAUCCCAGCGACGCAAGAUCCGAACAGACAUGAUCUCCUCUCCUCAGGGUGACUUAAAACACACAGGUCACGUGGGUCUGGACGGAGCCUACUUUGGGGACAUCGGAUUCCUCGGUGGGAAAAAUCCACAUCUGCCUCGUCAGGUUGUCACUCCGUACAAACCACAAGAAGACAAUCUAACUGAGAAUUCUAGUCAGAACCAGGACACGAACAGGACCACGCAGGAUCAGAACAAGCAUGAAAGUUUAUGGUCGGACAGCAGCUCGGAGCUGUGCCAGGCGGUGGCCAAUUCGAGCCAGUCGGAGACCCUUGGCGCUGACCACGAGUACCACGAAAUCAGCGACGAGGAAAACCAGGACAGUCCGCUGAGAUUCGACAAGACUUUGAACUUCGACUUUGGGCCCAGUCUGUUGGCUGAGAUGGAUCAGAUGUUCAGAUCAUUGGGGUCGUCCCCGCCUCCGCCGCCACCAGUCCACCCCCUGGCCAGCGAACACGAAUCCAGCAACGCCAGGAACGAGCUGAGGGAGAUCCAGGCGAAGCAGUGCGGGAAGAAGAAACAAGCCACCGUGAGUCCGAUAAAUGUGAAGCCUAUCUCAGCGGCCGAUCAGAAAACACUCUACUCGGCCAUUGCAAUGGCACAGGAAUUGACAGCGCGUUCCAUGACAGAUCUCGAACAUCCACCGGAGUCUCCCCGAACACCUGCCAGUCCUUCAAGGCGCAGAAAGUUCUCUUUUAAGUUGCCACAUCAACACAGUCCUAAACCAGACAGACGACACUUUUCCGAAGAAGCAGCCAGUAUACCUGACAUACAGGCCACGUUGUCCGACGAGGCGAAGGAGGUGUACAACAGCCUGGUGGAGGCCCCAGGCGUGGACGGAGGCCAGGACACGAACCCCCUCAGGAUGCUGCGGUCAGGCGUGCCAAUAGUCAGGCCCAGAAUCCGGGGGAACAAACAUUCCUCGCUCUCUGGGCACCAGGAGGACUUUACCGGGGAAUCCUUCCACUUCGACGCGUACCACAGCGGGUCCAGGACUCUGCCCAAGAUCAGGGCGCCCCCUCCACCCCCGCUGCCUCACACCAGGCACUUGGAGAGACACCAUUCGCUGGAGAUUGAGAAUAAUCAGAAUCAGAACAACGUGGAUGAGAAUCCCAUCCCCCUGCCACCUAGGGACAGGUCCAAGACCUUGCAGCCCAAGUCCAGCUUGCCCAGACACCAGAGAAAACAUCCACUGAUUAUUCCUGGGGGAGGAGUCACCAGGACUUUGGCGAAGAUGGUCACUGCGCCUGUGGAGGACCAGGUUGAUGGGAGCCAGAGGACCUGUGGGGUCGCUGGGACGUCUGGGCAGGAAGGGUACUUGGCGGAGAGUUCAGGGAACAGUCCUGAAGAGUUCGAGCAGCGCAUAGACUCGGAGCUCUCCGCCCUGGACGCCCUUCCCUCAGAUGAAACCAGACUCCACCGUUUCAGCGUCAUCUCCGAAGACCUCCUCGAGUUCUCCGACAAUCUCAUCGAUUGCGACUCGUCGGACUCCCUCCAGGCUACCAAGGAGUCCACAGACUCUAUGGAUCGCUUCCAGAGGAAGGUCAGCGUGGAGUCCAAGAGCUCCUUGAAGAGUUCUCAAGAGAGCGAUGCCCUGGAGUCGAACAAACAGCAAGAACCGACUCAGACGAAGGAUUCCCCCGCCGUGGAGGGUUUCCAGGGUCUCUCGAAGACGUGCACCAGGUUGUCCAGCGACCUGUCGAGGCAGUCUGACCACGUUUCGUGCGAGGACCUCCUGGAGUUCGCCUGCGACGGGCCAAACGCCCGGAGAACUCGAGGACCGCAAAACGGGGAGCAGUCGGACGAAGUGAGGAUCAUGAUGAAGGUGUUGCACGAGCAGUCGACCCCAGAGUCCUGCAUCGCUGCGUUGAAUGUCACCGACUGGGACGUCCUGGCUGCCCUCAAGCUGGAGCGGCUGCAGGGAUUGUUGAAGAAGGAGAAUAGUUUUGUUGGACUGGAGGAUUGCAAGGUAAUGUUGAACCAGUGCGCUGGGGAUGUCGUUAAGGCGGCUGCGAUGCUGAGGAACGCGGACGACACUGCAGCCGUUUGAGUGGGUUUGGUGGAAUUGGGUCUGAUGGAUGCAGCGGGGCGAAGAGAGGACGUUGAUGAGAUGUGUGGUCUCCAAAAGGGGGGGUAAAUAGAUUUGUGAGUGAACUUUUGAGUAGCUUAGGCAAACUGGAUAACUUUUUGGGGUCACAAACAUCGAAGAGAAGAUUUGCCCCCACAAGUGUCCAGUUUGUCACAAAGUAACCUUCGUUUGCGUUUAGGAUCGAUAGAAGAAUUGAAGCUUCAUUUAUUUAUUAUUUUAGGGUAACUAGAGAGAGAAUAUUCUGCGGCUUGGUCGCACCAGGAGACAGUUCUCGAGCUGGCGUAGCUUUCUGCCUCAUAACGAGUCGAGUAGUCUUAAUUAGUGCGUCUGGGGGACACGUUUCAAACUUUAAUACGUUCUUGAUUGAAGUUUGAAACUGCUCAGAGACGAUGGAAUAGUAAUUUUUCUAAAUUCAUUUUCAAUUGGAAUAAUUCUUUUUAAUCAGUUUUCAGGUUGAAAAUUAAUUAGUGAAAAUCAAUAAAGUCCACAUUGUUGCUGGGUCACACGUUUCCCAGAGCUCUGUACCAGCGAGGAGUCGUUUUUAGAUUAGGUUUACUCAACGAUAGAAGAAGAUUGCGUUUCUUUUUCUUUGUCAUUUCUACUGAACCGUGAUGUGAUAAUUUGCACAAUAAACGCGACGCUUUUUGCGUCCUCUGUUAGGCGAAAGUAUUAUAUUAAGCGAAUGAUCCGUGUAUCGCGCGAUACGGUGAUCGAAAGACUCUCUAUAUUUUGCGUUUUGUGUAUUUUCUACAAGACAAUCAUUUUUCUAGCACCGACAGAACGAAACCAAGGAUGUAGACAGAAUUUUACUUUAAAAAUAGUGAAAGUUUAAUUUUUAAUUAUGUAUUGUUUGACAUAGCAGUAUAGUUUUUUGAAUAAUAAUCGAAUAUGCACUUGCUGUUCACGUUUUCCUUUGAUGCUAAAUUUUAUUUAUAUCUUUUGGCUACUUGUUUGCAAAGGAAGUCGUUCAAAAAUUAGUUUCGUUGUUUAUAGUAACCUGGCUACGUCCUUGAACGAUACUAAUUGAUAUUGAGGAUGAUCGAAUAUCGAAAAAAAGAAGAGAAAAGCGUGUUGCUGGCGAAGGCAAGUUUCGAUUCCAAAGAUAAUGAUCCUGAUGGUAUUAUUGUUUUGGUAUCACGUGCACCUGUAGCUUAGUGAACGAUUAUAGUGAUUAAAAUCAACCUAAAUGUGGUGGUCGAGCGUUCGAUUCGUUUGUAUCGUUGAAAAAACAGAAAAAAUAAUUUAUAAUUUUAAGCAAACGUGUUUCAUGAGAAAAUUACAUUUUUAGGGUUUCGUUGCAAAUUAGAAAAUUGUUUAGAAAAGUACAAAUCUAAUGCAUUGUAUUUAGAUUGAAUUUUAUUGUAAAUGCAUUGAUAAUUGAGUUAUUAUAUUUUUGUUAUUAUUGUCGACGAUGCAAACGAGUUUGAAACGAAUCCUGUAGAUUAGUAUUAGAUUUAGAAAUUAAUACGCUGAGGAACGCUGGCACAAAACAAGAACUGUACAAUUUUAUUUUCGACUGUUAAUUUUUAAUUCAGCUCAACGGACAAAAUACCAAAACCGAACAAAAGCGAUUGUCCGUUUAGAAUAAAACGUUUGUUUCUUGGUAGCCAUGCGAAUCGAGGGCCUAAUUCAUAAACUAUUCCCGGUUGGAUGUUUCUGACCUCUCGGAACCAAAAGUUGGCCUAAUUUCACUCACCAUCGGCGAACGAUGAACAAAAAAUUUAUUUUAAUCGCUAGAAAAUUAAGUUUCGAAAAUUCGGUUCCAGCGACAGAUUGAAAAUUUUGUAUUCGUUAAUCGUGAGUAGAAUGGGUUCCAAUUAUGGUAGUGGUGAAUUCUGUGUGACCAGGGCGACGAACGUUUGUCCGUUUUUUAUAGUUUUCUACCGCCCCUUCGCCCUGGUCGAGCAGGGUUCAGAAAUUUGCUCACAGAAACGUAAAAGAAAUCGCCUAACUAGAUUUCUUUUUUUUGUAAUACUAAACAAUAAGGGUUUGGGUUCCUCGAUUAAAAAAAAAGAUUUCAUCGCGUGUGUAUAAAAAUUACAAAAUUGAAAUUAUAUUUUCCAAGUUAAAAAUAAUAUAAUUCGAGUUAAUAAUUAUAUGAGUGUUUAGAAGAAAAUUUGAAAGAAUUUUUUAGAUAUUGAUUCGUGGGAAAUUAUUUUGUUUAAAAGACUACGCGAUAAAAUUGAUUAGGGACAUUCGAAUGUCAGAAAUAAAGGAACCAGGAAUAAAUAAGGUAGAAUCAGUACUUAGAGGAUUGUUCGAAAGGGAAUCGAAUUAAUUCGGAGCAUGUAUUCGGUGAGAAUGGGAGUAAACAAUCGAAAAUAAGCGAAAUAGGAGUAAGUUGAUCCUAUAACCCGUUUUUUAUACGCGAUCUAAUUAUAAUAAGGCAACAUGUUUGUAUGUACACGAUUAUUGUGUGCGGAAACACACGAGGAUGUUUUAUAUCGACUGUAUUUACGAUAAUAUAUACACCAUAAACCAA